AUGGAUUUCUUAUCACCUGACAAUGCAUGUGGACAAAGUCUUUUGAUUCUGGUUGCAAGAGGAAGUGCCAUUUUAGCUGAAAUAUAGAGACUCUCAGAAAAUAUUCCCAAGAUUAUUACUAGCAAAGCUUAAGAAUAUAAAAAAUAUGAGAAAAUCUUAUUUGACUUUGAAUACUUGAAAAACAUCGAUGUUCUCGAGGAUGAGAUCCAAAGAAACUAAGAAAUCAAUGAAUUGGACGAAAACUUUAAGAAAUCUUAUUUACCAUUAGUAGAAAGAUUUUAUAGAUUAUUUGAAAGCAUUUAUUUGUAUUAUUCCGACUUGAUGGCAUUUAUAUAGGAAUUGGAGGAAGCUGUUUUUAUGCAAUAUUCUGUUGAGACUGUUUUGUAGGAUCCAGAAGGGAAAAGAUUAUUUGCGGAAUCAUUUUAUUUAUAUGGAUGUAUGCUAUUAUUGGUGGAUAUUUUGAUUCCCGGAAAGGCAAGAGAAAAGCUAAUCAUUUCCUACUACAGAUACAAGGGUGGUUAAACCGCAAUUGAGUUUAUCAAUGAAGUAACCAAAUUGUGUGCAGAAACUGGGUAUUCAAAAAGUGGCACUCGACCUGCCUUUUAUCCUGAAGAAUACAUGGCCAGAUUCUAAUUGCCAGAGAAACUCAUAACAGAAGUGAUCAAUUCUAUCAAAGAUGAGGAUAUUUACAAAUACACUAGCAUUUAUCCAUCGGCUGAUCAUAGAUCAAUCGCAUUAUCAGUCUAAGGCUCAAUGUUGUAUGUGUUGUUGUAUUUCACUCCGACUAUUUUAAAUAAUAAGAAGGCAAAAAUGAGAGAAAUAGUUGACAAGCAUUUCUAUGAUUAAUGGGUGAUAUCGUUCUAUUUGGGUUACUUUGUCGAUUUAUCUGAAUAAUGGAAUCCAUAUGGUGCAGCUAGAGAGGCAAUUAAGAAUACAAUUAAUUUUGAUUAUAUCUAAGAAUUAGGAACAUUUUAUCGCAAUAAACUUACCGAAUAGAUAAAUAAAGUUUAAGAGUAUCUUUACGAAGGAUAAAUGACAUAAGAAUUUGUUCUGGACAAGAUAUCAUCUUUAAUGAAUUGUGUUAGAGAAAGUAAUAUAGCUAUUCGAUGGAUUUUACUUCAUUCUAACACUAGCAUUCCAAAGGCAAAGGAGUUAUUAAAUAAGAUUGACAAAUAAGAAGUUUUGUAGUUACUAUUACAGAGUUCAAAAUUUGAAAAUCGUUUAUUGAAAGCAAUAAAGGCAAUCAUUGAUAAUAAACAACAAUAUUGGGAUGAGGAUAAAGUCAAAUGCGUUGAGAGAAUGCAAGAGUUAUCUGAUUAUUUUAGUGGAAAGGCUUUAGGAAAAGUGAAAGCUGACGAAUCAUAUAUGUAAUGGUUUACUGAAAUGGGCAGUUAAAUAUAAUCCUUAAAUUACAGUGAUAGUACUCAUGCAGGAAGGAAAAUUCAAAGAUUAAUUCAAGCAUUAGAAGAUAUCGAAUAAUAUCCUCAAAUUUCUACAUCUAUAUAAGUUAAACAUUAUUUGAAUGAAACCAGGAAGGAUUUAACACAUAUGGUCAAAAUAGUUCAUAUUAAAAGCACGCUGCCUUCACACAUUUCAUAUAUUUCAGAUUUCAGUUACUCAUGGUAAUGCUUAAAAGGAUACAAAGAAUUGAUGUAAGCCAAAGUGUAGAGUAAUCCACAUUCUGCUUUAAGUCUAAAAACUACUUUUUAGAAGUUGUCUUCUAUUUUGAAUACUCCUACUAUUCGUAUUAUCUAAGCUGGAAGUCCAGAUUUAAAUAGUGUCACAAAAUACUAUUCUGGGGAACUUGUUAAAUUUGUAAAAGAGGUUCUUUAGAUCAUACCUAUAUAAGUAUUCGAAGUACUUUAGGAUAUCAUCACAUUAAUCACAUCAGUAUUGAAACCACUUCCUUCUAGGAUUAAUAAAAUAGAAUUGAAGGAUUAUGCUUAAUAUGAAGAUAGAACUCAAAUUGCCAAAUUAACUAAUUCAAUUUCUGUCUUUACAGAAUCCAUUUUAACAGUUGAUCCUUACUUGUUAGGUUCCAUCGAAGUCAAUCCCAGAGAAAUGCUUGAUCAAGGUAUUAGGAAAGAAUUAAUGGCUUUGAUUCAUAAAAUUCUUGAUUCUUAAUUGAUAUUUCCCAAAAAGGAUAUUUAAGAUUUCCAAACUAAACUAUCUAAAUUAGGUGAGGAAAUUAAUGGUUUCAAAUUAGCAAUGGAACAAAUUCAAGAUUUUGUUAAUGCUUAAGGAUUAAAGAUGUUUACUGAAGAAUUUAAUAGAUUGAUAGAAUGUUACACUUCAAUGGAACUUAAGGGUUUGAUUACUGGAAAUAAAGAGUAUGAAGAACUGAGUUAUGAUGAAGACAUCCCUAUGCCAGACGAUAAAAGUAAGUAAUAUGGUGCCAUCAACUUUAUUGGUAGAUUAUUAAACUAAAUCAUUUUGAUCACUAAUCCAAGGGAAGUAGUAUUUGUAGAAUCAACUCUAGGCUUCUAUGAUAGCAAUGGAAAAGAUAUAUUGAAUCUAAAAACCAUUGGUUUAAUAUUGAAAUGUAUAGGUGUUAGUGGAUUAAAUGGAAUUGAUUUGCUUCUUAGUUAACAUUUAUCGAAGGCAGUUAAGGAUAUUGUGAGAAUAUUGAAAUAAGAGUUAAACCAAGAAAAUAGGAAUAUUAUUGAUACUCUAAUUAAAUAAGUCAGAUUAUUCACAAAUUAUGACGAAAACUAUGAUAAGGUGUACAAAUAACUGGCUAAGUAAUUUAGACCUCUUAUUUCUAAAAUCCUCUAUCCUUUGUAGUAGAUUGGAUAAUACAUAAAUUUAAGGAAACUUAUUUGUUUAGUGCUGUAAAUGAAGGCUAAAGUAGGAUCAACCAAAUUAUUCUUAUGUUUAGAAACCUUAAACAACACAAUAAUUAACGAUUUUAUCAAUCGAUAGUACGAUUCAACCAUGGAAUCAGAUGUUAAGACUCAAAUGGAAAAUAAUCUAUUGUUUGACCUAACAAAGCUCUUCAAUUAUGUUGGAUUAUCAGAUCCUAUUAGAAAGAUAUAUGCUUUAUGUGAAAUGCCUGAACACACGCCAUUGAUUUUAGCUUUAGUGAUAUUGCAUUAAUUACCAUUGAUGGAUUUUGAUAAAAAAUUGAAUUGCCUUGUAAAGAAGGCUAAGGAUAAUCAAUUGUAGUUUGAACCAAAUUGCUUAUUGAUGGGAAUAGUUGGAUUUUUGAAUCAAUUUAAUCAAUUGCAUUCAUCUCUAUUUGUUUCUUAUUUAGGAUUUUACAUAAAAUCAACUAUCUUCUUUAUGUUGCAAUCGAAAGAACUAUAGAAACAGCCAGAGAUUCUCGGAGACUUCUUCAUGUUGCUCACAGUAAUCGAGGAGAUUUUCAGAAUUAGGGAAGAAAGCUAUGAAAAUUUUAAAUAAUUAAUUCCUUUUGGAUUAUUCAACUAAUUGAAGAGAGAGAUGAUAAAAUGGUGAAAGAACAGUAUUAUAACAACAUAAAUAUUAAUAUAAGGAAUAUUAUUAAUUAUAAUUGUAUUAUUUUUUUAAAA